CUGCGUGAGUGGUACUCCCAGAGUUACAACCUCCGUCGUGGGGCUACUGGAGCUGGGGGAUCUGCUGGAGUUGGGGCUGGUGGCCCUGCGGGUGCAGUGUCGCAGCCGGAGCCUCCCUCCCCUCAGCGGCUACGUGAGUGGUAUGCUCGGCGCUGCAGCCUCCGGAGUGGAGCUCCUGGUGUUGAGGUGCCGCCCGCUGGAGGCCCUGCUGCUACUGGAGGUCCUGGAGCUGCUGGAGGUGCUACUGGUGCUGGUGCUGCUAGAGGUGCUACUGGUGCAGCUGGUGCUGGUGCUGCUGGAGGUGCUACUGGUGCUGCUGGUGCUGGUGCUGCUGGAGGUGCUGCUGGUGCUGCUAGAGGUACUGGAGCUGCUGGAGGUGGUGCCGGUGCUGGUCCUGCUGGAGGUGCUGCUGGUGCUGCUGGAGGUCCUGGAGCUGCUGGAGGUGCUGCUGGUGCUGGUCCGGCUGGAGGUUCUGGUGCUGUCUCUACUGGUUCUGGGGGCGCUUCACGGCCGCGGCCGUACUUCGUUCCGCUCCUUCAGCAGGUUCUUGGUCAGCUGCCUCCUCCUGGUCCUCCUCCCUCCUUAGAGUGUCCUCCGCCUGUCCAGUCGCAGUCACAGCUACCGCGUGCCUCGCCACUUCCUGGUCCUUCUCCCUACACUGGUCCGACAGGCGGUCUUACAGAGCGUCGUGAGCCUGAGUCUCGUACUGUGUCGCCUGAGUCUCGUCCUGCGUCACCUAUUCGUGCUGCUCGCACUGGUCGCCGUGUUCCGCGUGAGCGUCCUCCACCUGUCCCUGGCACACACUAUAUGACUCUACGUCCUUCCACUGCUCCACAGCGUGUCCCUCUGCCGUCUCCUCCUGCGUCCUCUCUUCCUGCCCUUGCUGACCCGGAGUCUGACUCUCUUCGUGCUGCUAGUCCUACUGUCAAGCGACUGCUCGCCACAGUUGUCAUUGACCCUUCCUUUGAGUCCGCUGCUGCGUCUGCCUUGGUUACUGAGCUUGUCGACUUUGCUGCUCACUGUCGUCUAGACUACGCUGCGAGUCUUGUUGCUGAGUCUGAGUCUGUCUGUCCUCCGUCCGUCGGGGGUGAGUGUGCUCUUGGCACAGACGUCCUUGAGGACAGGCAGGAGGACUUUGAGUGCUUUGCCGCUGCUGUACCUCAUCUCGUGUCCAUGCUGAUUGCACCUGAGGGAGACCCGGAUGCUCCAGACAUCCCGACCCCACGCUCUUAUGCUGAGGCGAUCGCGGGGUGA